AGAAGAAAAGCAAAGAAAGAUGAGGUCGAAGUUGAAGUUAUCGCUCAUAGCUAACAACUACUUGAGGAAACAAAGAUUCAAGAGGAGGAAGGAAGGGAUAACGAAGAAACUCCAUGAGUUCACGACUCUCUGCGGUGUGAAAGCCUGUGCGGUCAUCUGCAGCCCGUACGAGAAUCCGGUGUUGUGGCCAUCAGCGGAAGGCGUCCAAGAGGUGGUUUCAAAGGUUAUGGAGUUACCGGUGGAAGAUCAGUGCAAGAAAAUGUUUAAUCACGAGAGCUAUUUGCGUCGCGAAAUCACCAAAGCAGAGAAGCAAGUGGAAAAGCUGCGUAGUGAUAACCGAGAGACUCAGCUUAGACAAUUUAUGUUUGAUUGUCUCGAAGGCAAGAUGAAUCAGCACCCGUAUGAUGCAACGGACCUUCAAGAUCUGAGAUCUUAUAUUGGUAGCUAUAUCAAGAAGCUUGAUUUCAGGAUGAAGGUCCUUACAGAAGAAAAUGGUGAGUCCUCUUCCUCCACUCUGCUUCUUCCUUCUUCAGUUGCUGGUGCAGAUUCUCCUGCUGUUGAGGUUACUGGUCAUCCUGGUGUUGCGGAUGCAUCUAUGGUAACUGAUUUUAAUGGAUUUGAUGGUUAUUUUCCUUAUGACGGUAUGACUAUGAAUCCGAUUCCGAAUCAGCAUGAGUCGUUGGUUCAACACCAUGUUCCUGUUGGCUCGGUUCAACACCAUGUUCCUGUUGGCUCGGUUCAACACCAUACUCCCAUGAAUCUUGAUGAUCAGAUUCAACAUGGAAUCUACGAUAUGAAUUUGCACCAGGAUAUGAGUUUGGAUCCAAAUCAGUAUCCAUAUCCACAGGGAUCAUUUAUGAAUCUGUUGCUGGGACAUCCUCAAGAAAUGGGUUAUGAUGGAGAACAUGCCCAUAUCCCUUUCGUGAACGACAACUAUCACCAGUUACCAACCAUUGAUCUUGCUACAACUGAACAAAUGGGUUAUGAUAAAGAGCAUGAAUCGUUGGUUCAACACCAUGUUCCUGUUGGCUCGGUUCAACACCAUGUUCCUGUUGGGUCGGCUGAAUACCAUACUCCCAUGAAUUUUGAUGAUCAGAUUCAACAUGGAAUCUAUGAUAUGAAUUUGCACCAGGAUAUGAGUUUGGAUCCAGUUCAGCCUUCGUAUCCACAGGGAUCAUUCAUGAAUCUCUUGAUGGGGCAUCCUCAACAAAUGGGUUAUGAUGAAGAGCAUGCUCACAACCCUCUUAUGAACGGCAACUAUCACCAGCUACCAACCAUGGAUUUUGCUUCAACUGGUCACAUGCCUUCCAUCAACACCAACACCAUUGCGGGUGUUUAUGCUCCGGAUGACAUCAAUGGUCUUUAAUCAGAAUUCAGAAGAUGUGGAUUUCUAAUAAGUGUUUGCAUUUGUGUUUGUUCAUUUCAAAGGACAAAUAUUUGAUGAUGUUUUUAACCUUCGAGUCCUCUCCCUUUGAGUGGAUUCUAUUAUUUAUGGUACUAGAUAAUGUAUC